AUGGCGGCGGCGGCGGCGGCGGCGGCGUGGGGGCGGCUCCUGCGGGGGGCGCGCGGGGCGGCCUCGCGCCGCGCCUGCAGCACCGGGGCGCGCGCCAGGGCCGCCUCGGCCGCCGCGCAGGAAUUACAAAGCUCAGGAAGAGGACGCUUUGUACUAGAACACGGUGCUCCAUUCUCUGCUUUUUUGGUGGACAGCUUUGGGCGGCAGCACAAUUACUUGCGAAUUUCAUUGACUGAGAAAUGCAACCUCAGGUGUCAGUACUGUAUGCCUGAGGAAGGUGUUCAGCUGACUCCAAAAUCAGAGCUACUAACUGCCCAGGAGAUAAUCACCUUAGCCAGACUGUUUGUGAAAGAAGGUGUGGAGAAGAUCCGACUGACAGGUGGAGAGCCACUUAUCCGUCCGGAUGUGGUGGAUAUUGUGGGUCAACUGGACAAGCUAGAAGGGCUGAAAACCAUUGCUGUCACAACCAAUGGGAUCAACUUAACCAGACUGCUGCCCCGGCUGAAGGAGGCAGGACUGAAUGCCAUUAACAUUAGCCUGGACACUUUGGUGCCAGCUAAAUUUGAGUUCAUUGUCCGACGGAAAGGCUUUCACAAGGUAAUGGAAGGAAUCCACAAGGCCACUGAACUUGGCUACCGUCCUGUUAAGGUGAACUGUGUGGUGAUGCGAGGUUUCAACGAGGAUGAAGUGCUGGACUUUGUGGAUUUCACAAAGGAUCUGCCCCUUGACGUGCGGUUCAUAGAAUACAUGCCCUUUGAUGGCAAUAAAUGGAACUUCAAGAAGAUGGUGAGCUACAAGGAAAUGCUUGAUACAAUUAAACAGCGAUGGCCGGAAUUGGAGAAAUUACCCUGUGAGACUUCCAGCACAGCCAAGAGUUACAAGGUGCCACAUUUCCAGGGACAAAUCAGCUUUAUCACCUCCAUGUCAGAGCACUUCUGUGGAUCUUGCAAUCGGCUGAGGAUAACAGCAGAUGGGAAUCUGAAGGUGUGCCUUUUUGGGAAUUCAGAAGUGUCCUUGAGGGAUCACCUACGGUCGGGUGCCUCAGAGGAGGAGUUGAUUCAAAUCAUUGGAGCAGCAGUGGGCAGAAAAAAGAAACAGCAUGCUGGCAUGUUUAACAUUUCCCGGAUGAAAAACCGGCCAAUGGUCCUGAUUGAGCCUGCAUUGAUGUCAUUCCCACUAUGCCAAGAUGCCCUACAGAAUCCCGCAAAUUCAAAACAGUGGGGCCACACAUUUAGCCAUUGGCUGACUUUGAGAGCAAGUUUACCCAAACAAAAGGGAAAAGCAUCAAUGAAAAAUAAAUUCACCGGACAACUUUUCCUGCCAGGAUGUCACCCAGAGAAACAGUGGCACAUAGCAACAGGAAUUCUUCAAACCCAGCUCAGAGGCUACUGUGUCUUCCAGAAGGACCCAAGCUCCACAUUUGAUACAAAGUGCCUUGAUGCUUCUGUUGGCCAAGUUCCUGUGGACUGCCAGUCCAAAGAGGUGUGUUCAGGAUCUGAAUUCCAUACCAGGGAUUCAGGAUCUUGCACCAAGGUACCUCGUGCCUCUGACAACUUGACUCACACUGAUGAGGAAGGACGAGCCACAAUGGUUGAUGUUGGAGGGAAGCCAGAUUCCAGAAGAAGUGCUGUUGCUGGUGCUGUGGUCCUCUUGGGAGAGAAGGCAUUCAGGAUGGUGAGGCAAAACCAGAUGAAGAAAGGGGAUGUGCUGGCAGUCGCCCAAAUUGCAGGAAUUCAGGGAGCCAAGCUGACCAGCCAGUUGAUCCCAUUGUGUCACAACAUCCCUCUGUACCACGUUGAGGUGUCUCUGAGCCUGGAUGAGGCCAGGCAUGCAGUGGUGAUUCGCAGCUCCUGUCACACCUGGGGGAGGACAGGUGUGGAGAUGGAGGCUCUCACAGCUGCCAGCCUGGCUGCACUGACCGUGUAUGACAUGUGCAAAGCAGUCACUCAUGACAUCGUCAUCCAAGAGCUGAAGUUGCUUAGUAAGACAGGUGGGCAGAGGGGAGACUUCUUAAGGGUCUAGAUAAUAUCCAGAUACCUCCAGCCCUCCAAGUGACCACUGCUCCUGUUCAGCCUCUUACAGGAGUCCUUUUGCUCAGCUGGUGGGCUUGGAGACCUCAGGAGGUGUGUACAGUGCAGCAGCCCCAUGCCUCCAGCAUUGCCUUACUCUGUCAGCUCAGUGCUGGGUGAACAAUGGAGGCACUUAGCCUGUUGAAAAUCAUGUGUAUUUUCUAGAGCACAGGCUUCUCCACUCUGCCAGUACCUCCAUUUCAGUCCUCAUGAUGAGAAUGAUAAAAGAUUCCUGCUUAUACCACAGAGGUUUUUGGUUUAUGGUUGCUUUUUCCUUUGUGCUGUGAAAUACACUUGCUGUCAUCAUACCAUGCAACUGUGAACUCUGGAAAUGAAGCCACUGCUGAAAGUGCUGUUAUUUGGCAACUAUUUUUAAGUCAACGAUUAAGAUUUCAGAAUUAUGUCUGCCCAUCUUUUCCCUGACCUUGAUUGAAUAUAGAGGGUGACAGUGGGAAGAACACAGCUGGGGAACUUCACCAUACAACAGAGAUUAUAAGCAUGGAACACUUAGUGUCAAGGUGCAGCUCCCAUCCCUUUGCAGUGCUACUGUUUCCCUUCACAGAAUCCCAGAAUGGAUGUGUAAGGUUGGAAAGGACAACAGUGGGUCAUCUGGUCCAACCUCCCUGCUCAGACACUCAGAGCACAUUGCACAGAGCUGUGUCCAGACUGGAAUAUCUCCUGUCAGGGAGCCUCCAUAACUUCUCUCAGUAAUUUGUUUCAGUGCUGAGGCACCUGCAGAGUAAAGAAGUUCAGGUGGAACUUCCUGUGCAUCAGUUUCUGCUCUUUGCCUCUUGUCCUAUUGCUCAGCACCAUCCAGAAGAGCCUGGCUCUGGUACUCUUGGCAUCUCCCCCUUAGACACUGCUAUGCAUUGAGACAUCAGUAAUCUCUUUUGGAUGCUCAACAGGCCCAGCUCCCUCAGCCUUUCCUCAUAAGAGAGACACCUGCAAGUGGGAAAUAUCCACAUAUCAGUUUCAAAAGAAAAAAAGAAAAGAUAGCUGCCCAGUUUUCUGCCAGUGCUCUGUAAAACAUGAUGCAGAAAGAGGAUUUCCGGAUUCAGAAGAAUUAUUUUUCUGAUCUGACAGAUAUGUUUUACAAUGUUAGAAGCAUGUCCCAGAAUUUUUACCUUAGCACUGAAAUACAUGGAUGCUCUGUUUGCAUGCUUAAGGGAUUAAUUUUGCCAUGCACAGAAGUAAGUAUUAAGCUCUCCCUGACUUUAGAAACUAGAGAUGUUGCACUAGAAGACUCCAAACUUUUAAUGCUAUGGUGCAGCUCCUAGUAACCAGCAACCUGCAUAGUCCUGACAGAUAAAACAGAUUUUAACAGUGGUGGCCACUUGGAAAAUUAAGGUAGUUAACUGUUGUCUCUGCCAGAGAGUUUUCCUGCAUGUUUCUCUAAUUUACUUUUCAUUAAGUCUUCUGGCCCUGGAGCACUUAAGUGUCCCCAUAAAUGUAGCAGUGGCCACAGUCACAUAGCAUUAAUUAGCUUUGGUAAUUAACUGUCCUAGAUAAGAAAUUACUCAGCAUUCUUGUUGAUAUUAAUGACUGCUUUUCAAAUGUUUAUUUAAAUGCUCUAAACAGGGUGCUACUGGUUGCUUAUGGCUCAUGUGAUGCUGCACAUUAUUCAGGGUGCUCCCUCCACACACACAGGGUUGAAUACAAUGCUAGUGAGGUCAAAGACACCACCAAAAAUCAUCUUAAUAGGUUAAAGUACUGUGAGCACACUGCACUGCCAUGCACAUCCAGCUCAUGUAAAGUAAGCACAGGUCUCAACUGAGGAGGCAAUAGAUUUUGCUACAGAUCCUUCACAGAUCUCAUACACCAGCUACAACAAAAGGCACUCUUUCCAUUGCAGGUGAAUUGAUUUGAUUCUUCAUUUGUUGUCACUGUGAGAUAAGAUACAUAGAGUUCCACUCUCGCUCACUCCUCCUUCCCUGUGGCAGGCUGGAGAGGAGAACUAGAGGCACAGCAGGUAAAGAUCACGGGUUCAGAUAAGAACAAUUUACUGGAAACAUCAAUGGAAUAAGAAAAUGAGCAAUAACACCUUCAGUCAUAGAGGGAAGAGGCACUACGUGACUGCUCCCUUACUGGAAGAGACCCCUUCCCUCGUCUCCAUAAUAACCCCCCAUGCUGUUAGCCAUGCCCCCUCUUGACUCCUGCAAAAAUUACCCAUGUUCUCUCCAGAAGCAGGACAAUCUACCUUCACUGUUACAUUCUUGACUCCCUGUCAUUCCCAGGAGUGUAGCUAGUACCGUCAUACUGACAACAACAAUCCCACCCCGUCCUGCAAAUAGAAGAGAUUGCAUUCAUCUGUGGAACUGCUGUGCCCAUAGCACGAAAGUAUCCUUAGCUCAGCAUGGAAACAAAGUGCCAGGAAAAGGAAGCACACAUGUAGCCUGCUAAGUCAACUGACUGACACAAGCACUUACCUCCCCUCACCACGCACAGCACGCCCUGCCCUCCUGGCCUGCCCCCAGGCUCUAGCUAAUUUUGAAAAUGAAGAAGAAGCUUGAUGUACUCAGUAGUAAUAAAACAAUGCUUUGGGCAUAUGAUUCUUUGGCUUCUGGGAAGUUUGCUGUCAUGCUGUAAAGCUCACACAAAGGACUCGGGGCGGUACCAGGGACUGCUGAGCACACAUGUGACCACCACGCACAUCUCGCUACUUAACGCACAUUUCACUCCUCCCUUGGUUUGAGAGUGGCUGGAAGUGCAAAGCAAACUGACUUUGGUGCCAUUUUAUGCUCAUGUUACAUUAUCAAGUCUUUAAACUAUGCACAUUUAUAGGUAAUGAACCAAACGUGAAUCAACAUUUGGCGAGAGAAAUGGGUUGAGAGCGCUCUGUGUUUCUGUGGUGCUGGGUGGGCCAUGGUGUAAUAUAUGUUGAUGAACUGACUACUUUUUGGAGGCUUGCUUUUUUUGUCCACUGUAUUUUUAAUAAAUACUAGUUGCAAUAGAA